AUGGCAAGAAAUGUCCUUAUUACAGGUUGCUCCUCAGGAAUUGGACUGGCCUUAGCUGUAAAAAUGGCAAAAGAUGAACAGAAAAGAUUUAAAGUAUAUGCCACAAUGCGGAAUCUGGCCAAGAAAGACCCCCUUGAGGAAGCUGCAGGUCACAUGCUGGGCAAAACCCUCGAAAUUAAACAGCUGGAUGUCUGUGAUGAACAAUCUAUUAAAACUUGUGUGAAUAGUAUCCCUGACAGAAGGAUUGAUGUCCUAGUUAGCAAUGCUGGAAUGGGACUCAUUGGACCUAUUGAAUGUCAGACCAUAGAUGAAAUGAAAACUGUGAUGGAUACCAACUUCUUUGGACUGGUUCGACUCCUGAAGGAGAUUUUGCCUGACAUGAAGAGGAGAAAGAGUGGGCAUAUAGUUAUAAUAAGCAGUGUUAUGGGAAUACAAGGUAUCUUAUUUAAUGAUGUUUAUGCUGCAUCUAAGUUUGCUGUGGAAGGAUUCUGUGAAAGUUUAGCUAUACAAGCACUCAAGUUCAAACUGCAGUUAAGUUUGAUUGAACCAGGCCCAGUGGUUACAGAGUUUGAAAGAAAAGUGUUUGAAGAUGGAAUGAAAAUGGAUCUUUCAGCUGCAGAUGAGGAAACAGCUGAGAUGUUUACUAAUAUCUACCUUAAAAAUUUCAAACAAAUUUUCCAGAGCCUGGGACAAAGUGCUGAAGAUGUUGCAGAGCAUACAGUAAAGAUAAUUCUUGCAGAAAAUCCACCUUUUCGCCAUCAGACCAACACCUUGUACACUCCAAUGACAACCCUGAAAUAUGCAGAUCCAAAUGGAGAUCUACCCAUUGAUAUAUUCUACAAAAUGGUUUUUCAUCAUGACAAAAUCUUCAGUGCAAGUCUUAACUUUAUCAAAUUGCUAAGGUGGAGAAGUAGAAAGAGCUUUGACCUGGGAAAACCCUCACAAUAA